UCAAUUUGCAUUCCAUCCCAAUAUCUUCAGCUCAUAUAAGCAGUAUGGAGUUUUUCUUCCAAACAAUCUUAGCGCUUAUAGCUUUGCUACUCAUCUUUAGCGUCUUGAAAAAGAUUGCAUCACGUACCAUUUACAGGCGUGACGCCAAAAUCAUUGCAGUCCCUGAACCAUCAGGGGCACUGCCCAUCUUGGGUCACCUCCAUCUUCUAGAGGCCAUGCAAGGCCCUGCCGCCCGAACUCUUGGUGCCAUGGCCGAUAAAUUCGGCUCACUUUUCUCUCUCAGGUUCGGUCUCCGGCGAGUCUUGGUGGUGAGUAGUUCGGAGAUGGCAAAGGAAUGCGUAGCUACAAACGAUAGAGUUUUUGCUACGAGGGCAAGCAUAGCAGCGGGAAAAUACAUGGGUUACAACGACGCCGUUUUUGCACUUGCUCCUUACGGACAGUAUUGGCGUGAUGUGAGAAAGAUGGCCAUCCUCGAGCUUCUGUCAAGCCAACCGAUUGAAAAACGAAAGCAUGUCCGAGCAUCAGAGGUGGAGUCGCUCGUUAAAGAUGUGUACUCGGUGUGCGAAAACAACGGGGUGGUGGAUAUCAGUGAUUUGCUCGAGCACAUGGCGUUCAACAUCAUCCUUAGGGUGCUAGUAGGAAAGCGAUUUUCCGGUAGCGAAUACAGAGAAAGAAACAGCGAGGGGAACCGUAUCAGAAGCGGGAUAAAGGAGGCUUUGCGUCUCAGUGGCGUUUUCGUCAUGUCGGACGCCAUUCCAUAUCUUGAAUGGAUGGACUUCCGAGGGCAUGUUGGUUCCAUGAAGAGAACCGCAAAGGAACUUGACUCUGUGGUUGAUGCUUGGCUCAAUGAACAUCUAAGACAGAAAUCGGAGGGUGAAAGUAAUGGUGAAAGUGAUUUCAUGGAUGCAAUGCUAUCGACCCUUCCGGCAGAUGCUGUGAUUGCGGGCCAUACGCGUGAUAUUAUCAUCAAGGCGACAACAGUGGUUCUCAUCCUAACAGGCGCAGGAAGCACAGCUGCUACUCUAACAUGGGCACUCUCCCUACUCUUAAACCAUCCGAAAGUGCUCGAGGCUGCCCAAGAAGAGCUAGACAUUCAUGUAGGCAGAGAAAGAUGGGUGCAAGAAUCUGAUAUUAACAACCUAAACUACCUCCAAGCCAUUGUCAAGGAAACCCUACGCUUAUACCCACCAGGUCCUCUCACAGGGCUGCGCGAGGCCAUGCAAGAUUGUAACCUCGGCGGCUUUCAUGUUUCCAAGGGCACCCGUUUGAUCAUCAACCUAUGGAAGCUGCAACGAGACCCGCAAAUAUGGUCGAAUCCGUCCGAAUUCCAACCGGAGAGGUUUCUGACAACUCACGCCGACAUCAAUGUCUGGGGCCAGAACUUUGAGUAUAUUCCGUUUAGCUCUGGCAGAAGGUCGUGCCCCGGAACUUCUUUCGGCUUGCAGGUGGUUCACUUGGCACUAGCUCGUUUGCUGCAGGGAUUUGACAUCUCCACCAUGGGAGGUGUGAAGGUGGACAUGCGUGAAGGUCUGGGAGUUGACUUACCUAAGGUAGAUCCACUCGUACUUGUACCCAAGCCUCGCCUUCCAAUGGAGCUUUAUUAAGUGCUUUGAAGCGAAAGUUCUCCGUUCAACUAUCAUGAUCAGGUUUUUCUACCAGAAUAAUUCUAUUUGAAGCGUUGAUCAUCUGCUGCUAUAUUUAUCUGUCCAAAUUGUAAAAAUGUUUUGAUUAGAAAACUAAAAGAAAUCUCGAUCCAAUCGAAAGGCCAGUUAUUAAUUAUAGUAUGUUGCUUGACGUUAGAGGAUAAGAGUUGAAUAAGAAUUGCCCUACUCUUUAGGCAAUUGAUAUCAGCUGUAUUCUCAUGCAUGGAGUGAACAGUCUGUGUUGAAAUAUAGUUUCUUAAUUGGUAGGAGAUCAUAAAGG